CCUAGAUUGUCAGCAGAAGAAUUGGUGACGAAAAAGGCAACUAUAUAUGGGAUUCUAGCAAUUCACAAAGAUGUCCAUGUUUACAAGAAAACCUGCCCAGUCUGUGACACACCAGUAAUGUUUCAAGAUUACACAACAGGUUUCCACAACUACAACAACAGAGUGAUUUUGACUUUGCAGCUUUGCUCAUUCCUGACUAAUUUACUAAAGAGUCACACUGCCAUAGGAAGAUUCCUAAAAGCCAUGGAGCUUCAGCUGAACACAACUAUCCACCAUAACACUAUAAGAAAGGCUUUUUUCCACUAUUCUGCUCUCACAGCAUAUGACUACAACUUUUCAUGCCUCAGAUGUGGCCACAACCCAGCUAUUCUCAUUUCAGAUGCCAACUGGAAGGUUUCAUUUGACUUGCCUGUAAGUCUUUUGAAGAGGCCAGUGUCAGAAGAUGUGGCGGGGGUUGACCUCACAGUCAACAUCAGACAGAAAUGGGACCGGCUGGAAAGGGAGAUCUUGGCAAGUGGAAUCUGUGAAGACUUGAAAGCACAAAACCCAUUUUGGGAGAAACUGGACCAUUCUAAUUUUACCCCGUGGAUUGGAGCACACAGCCGAAUUGGUGAUAUAGUUCCAAAAACUGAGCUACUUAAAGGCCUCACUCAUAAUGUUACUGUGGGUUCAAAAUCCAAAGAAGACCAAGGCAUGAAUGAAGAUGAGCUCCUACGUCUAGUGGAAUCCAAGAGGCCCUCCAAAGCUGAUUUGGUGAAAGCCUGCUCAGAUCUUGGAGUUUCAUCGGCUGGAACAGAGGCUGACUUGAUCAACCGUCUGCAGGAAAUGCUUCUGUACAAGGAUGUCUAUCCUAAGAUGUUUGUUAAGCUGCAGAAAACUGGAGAAACAGUGCUACAUGUACUCAACCCUGAAAUAAAGUUCAAGCAGGAAGAGGCACCAAAACCACAAGGAGUGGGUUUCUCAAUGAGCCUCUUCCACAUUCAGGAGGACCUAAAGCCAAAACUGGUUGAAGUCUACCAAGGACCUGAGACAGAUUACGCAUGCAUCCAGACAGCAGGCAGGCGGCUGUCCCACCACUGA